UGUAGCUAAUCAACCUUUUAAGUCAAUCAACGCAACAUAUAUCUAGCUAUGGAAUUUCCUGUGGAAGGAAAUUACACCCCAAACUUUACCGAGUCGGAGUGUUCUAUUAGAAUUCCGGGUAUCGCUUGGAAUGAAGAAAGCCCCAGGUCUUUUAGAGAGACACCCAGAAUUACUUCCCCAAACAAGGACUCCAGAGAUGGUCGUGUUCAGGCAUUCAGUGCCCAGAGAACAAGUGAUACACCCAGACCAACUGAGGAAUUACCCUCUAUAGAGUCCAUCAUUGAGCGCGUGUGCAGCCAGAUUUGCAAUGACCUAAGAAUGAGUGGUGUACUAAAAGAUGAGAUAGUGGCUGCACGAGUAUACAGCGAGCUCUCAAGCCGCUGUAUUCGAAGAGGCACCGAUCCAGAUGGAUCAACUCCAGCUAGUGGCAGAUCGUCUGCCAUCAACGGAUCAAGAGCCGGGCAGAACAAUGGCGGCAAAUCGUCUAAUGGUGACCGAGCUUCGACUGUAUCAAAAACAUCAUCAAAGCGUUCAGUCGUCAAACCAGCAAAUUCUCUCAGCACAAGAAGAGAAGAGAGCAGAAACUCAAGCAAGAACAACCGUGUGCGAAGUUCUGCCAGCAACGAAUCAAGGAUUGAGCAGAACAAUGGCUGUAGCCCAACUGAUGACGACCGGGAUUCUGUUGUAUCUACAGCAACCACUGAGCGUUCAGCCGUCAAAUCAGCAAAGUCCCUCAAGAAGAGGAAUGAAAAAUCAUCCCAAGAAAACAGAAACUCGAGCAAAAGUAGCCAUGUGAGUUCUCGUGCAGGAAGCGCCCGUCCAGAUAUUGGAUCCACUUCGAGAUCAUCCAGUUUGGUGUCGAGAGAUUUGACGAGAAGUGGAACACCAGCACGUGGACAGCGUGGUUCAUCAGCUAACAGUGUCAGUUCUAGAGGACGCGUUCUAGAAUCCAGCAUGAACAAAGAUAGACAAACUCCAUCGCCUUCUAUCAAACAAAUCUACUCAUCUUCUAUACAGAGCACCCAGUAUACCCCAAGAUCUACUGGGAGCAAAAGUUCUGAAAAUGUUCAAUACCGUCGAAAAUCAAUUCAGUCUGGUUCAAAACAGGAUACGGAAAUUGUACCGCUGGACCAACCAAAGCUACAAAACAACGAAUCGUCCACUUCUGUUGGAAAAGAGUAUGCCUCUAGUCGAAGCAAUGCAAGCCAUAUACCAGUCAGAACCAGAACGCCACGUGUCAAAGACUUUGCACAGAUCACAUGCAAUGAAGACAAAAUUAGACAAGAUUCCCCGCCUAUCGUAUACAGUGUAACGAAUUCUCCAAGCGGAAUUUUCGGUGGUAAAGUACACAGCAAAUCAGUAGACACUGAAAUACUAGUAAAAGACGAUAAAAGAAAAAUGGACUUCAGUUCACAAGUGUCGUUCACCAUGUCCAGUGUUGGUGGGGUCGCUUCUUCUUCAAAUGAGGGUGCAAACAAUGAGAAGAGGAUUGAUGAAACAAAGGACAAGUCACCGAAACUUGCUUCAGAAAAGUCAAGUACAUCCCAGACUUCAAUGGGUGUUUCGUCUGGUCGAUCCAGCAAAAUACCAAUACGAUCUGUCACGCCAAAAGGAACAGAGACUGCAAAUGCCAAAGCAAAGGAUAAUGCAAAGAGAAUGUCCAAGGAGAAACUUGAAGACUCCAACACUAGUGUCAUAGAGAGCGUUAAAAAUGUGUCUAGCAGAGAAAACAAAACAUCAGAUGCAAUUGUUAAUAAAAUGAAAAAGAAAGCAAGCGUCCCAAAAGCAGGUCACAAGAAAGAGGAAAAUACUCAGAUGAAUGCUUUGGAAAGAAGAAAGGCUUAUGAAGAAAAACGGAAACUCGAAAGGAAGGGAGCUCUCACUGCGAAGUCUGCAAAGAAAACUAAAAUAGCCUCUGAAAAACAGAUCAACAACACUGGAGACAAAGAUGAACUCCAAAAUAAAGCACGAAAAGACCCUAUUGUCAGCACCGAAGUCCCUAUCACCAAGAAAAAACUUUGUCACAAUGAAGACAGUUUCACGUAUGAAGAUGACUUUGAACCGAUUGAGGAAGAAAAAAGAAAUGUACAUCAUGAGUCGGCUGUUGAUACUGGGAUCGUUGACAGAGCUCUUGCAAAAUCUCCAGAGUCUAAAAUUGAGAUGAAGUCUGUCAACUACGAUAUCAAACAUGAAACAUCUGUUAGAGAUGAUCAUACCGAGGGAAAACCCGACAACACACCCCGCCUCAACUUCAUGACCGAUAAAGAGAUUCACGAUUGGCAAGUGGACACAGUGCAUGGACGAUUUGCGGCAGACGGUGGCCGAGCUUAUCCCAGCAGCACGCUAUCAGAUGUAGAUUUUGGAUAUCUUGGUCCCCCUACCUCCAAUGAUCUGGUCCAGAGUCAAUCAGGCUACCAUCCCGGGUAUUGUCUCACACACAUGCAUCCUAGCAUUGCACACGUCUAUGAUAACUUGGAUCAGAUUCCCGAAUACAAAAGAAUGAAAGAGAAAACCAAAAGGAAGGCCGGAAAGAGAUCUUCUUAUGCUGAUGAAAACGAGCACGUUCGACGUAAGCCGUCCAACGCUAAAAAGAAAACCACUGUGGGUUACGUUCCCGGAUAUGGAGCUGUCCGUGUGAUGAAGGAAGACGUCGGACAAGCGUAUCCGGGAGGGAGAAAGCGUACUUCCAGCAAUACGUCAUUUCCUGUCAUCGAGAAUCAGCCCAAACCUGGCCAGACACAGAGGCCAGUAGUGGGGUACGUCCCGGGGUACGGACCAGUUCGAGGACCACCCAUCCAAGUUUUCCCGGUAGUGCCUUCAGAGAGAGUCGUGCUGCCUCCGUUAGAUUUUGGUCAGGCAUGUAGUUGUAAUGGUGACGUCAAGAGGAGCAAGAAAGGUCGUGACAAGAAGAGAAGCGAGGAUCUGUUGGAGAAUCGUGCUCAAGCCAAGCCGUUCAAUACUUAUGUGGACGAGGAAGCGUCAAGAAGAUUUGAACGCCAGUAUGCUAGGCAUCGAUAAAGAUUGGAGGGAAAUUCUUUUGAAAGAUUAAAAGUAUAGCAAAUGUGUUUAUUGUAUUGAUAAGUUUUAUAACUGGGAGUAACGCAAUUGUUUACGUAACAAGAAUAAUUUUAAUGUUAAAUCUGAGAAAUAAAUAAGAUAGAGAGGAUAUGUGUAACCCCUCAGCUGAUGUUCAAUGCUAGUGUUAAGAAUUUCAGAUUUACCAUCAAUUAUUUUGAAAAUGAACAUAUAUUCAUGUACGUUAUUAAUUACGUUAUUAUUAAAGUACAUGCAUUUGAAAAAAAAAAUUAUGAAAAAAAAAAAAAAAAAGAAAAAUAAGAAAACAAUAAAAAAAAAUUACAUGAUUGAUUGAAGUCAAGCUGUAGGUCAUACCUGUUAUUGUUUUAUAACCGCAAGGUUUUUGUUUGUUUUGUUUACAGUGCACUAUCAUUAUAUGUCCAAGUAGAAUUAUUUUCAGUGUACUAUACAUUUAUAAUGUGUAUAAUUGGAUAUUGAAAAUCUUCGUUUUUUAAUUAUG